CUAGUUGAAAAAAUGGCUGAAAUCCAAGUGUGUGUGUGAAGGAAACUGUGUGAGAAAAAUUUGCGUUUGCUACCAAUUCGGAAAUAACAGCGUUGGGGCUACAAAAUAAGGAAGCAUUGCCCAUUGGCUACCGCACCUGCCAUUUACACGAUUCUCCACGGAAGAGGUUGAGCAGCAAACCCCAGGCGGAGUUCCCUAAAAUUGGCAAUUGAUGCCACUCACGGAAAUCGGCACCCUGCACUCUUCGGUCAAAGCGGCCUGCAAUUACAGACAAGCCAGGCCGAAAGGCGACUUUUCGGGCUCCGGCUGGGAAUCGUAUCGAAAAUGUCGCCAAGAGCAGAGACUAUCAAGAGCGGAUAACUAGAUGCAAAUCGGGCGAAGAGCACUCCCUAUAUGUAAUAUAUAUGUAAUACACACGCGCCUGCCCCGCCGACAGUGUACACACAUCAAUAUAUCGGCUUGAUACACACAUACGCAGUUGCAUCAGCAUGUCCGACCGUGAUUCCGAAUCCGACGCUAGUCCGCCCCUGAGUCAUCAGCGCGGGCAGCGGAACCGGCGCAUCAUCAUGCGGAUCGAGUUCAAGGACUCGGAGGACACGGCGUCGGACCACGACCUGGAUGAGCGCCCAUCCUGCUCCACGGCGACGCGGCUGAGACCCAUCUCCCGUCGACAGGAGGUGGAUUCGGAUUCGGCCUCCGUGCCCCGGAAGUCUAGGCGGAAGCUGCGCAGUCGCUACGGACCGCGGAGCGAUUGCUCGUCCAGUGGAAGCGAGAUCGAUCACCGGGCCACGCGAUGCAGCAAACGAAAGAAGGUAGAAUCCUCCGAUGAGGAGGAGACCGAGCGGACGCCCAGCACGGUUGGAAGACUCCAGCCUACGCCCGCUGACCCCGAUAACGGCUUUAGUUCCGACAGCAGCAGUAACGAUCUGCUGGAGAAGUGUCCUAUUUGCUUGCUUACUUUCCGGCAGCAAGAGAUUGGUACGCCAGCAACCUGCGAGCACAUAUUCUGCGCGGCCUGUAUCGACGCCUGGUCUCGAAAUGUCCAAACUUGUCCCAUUGACCGCAUUUCAUUCGAUCGGAUUGUAGUGCGGGACUCGUACGCUAGUCGCCAGGUGGUAAGAGAAGUUCGGGUGGACCUGAGUAAGUCCAAAACCGAAUUGGUCACAGAUGAAGAUGCAGAUGCCGCUGCGGUUUCCGAAGAGGAAGUCACCAACUGCGAAAUCUGCGAGAGUCCGGAGCGGGAGGAUGUGAUGUUGCUGUGCGACAGCUGCAAUCAGGGAUACCACAUGGACUGCCUAGAGCCGCAGCUGCACGAGAUCCCUGCUGGCUCGUGGUAUUGCGACAACUGUAUUGACUCCGACGGAGAGGAUGAUAAUGAGGAGCUGGAGCUGGCUGACGAUUUGAGUCAGCUAUACGAUGAUAUUAGAGGUAUGGGCUUGCCGGAGACUCGUCUCAGGGUACGUGAGGUGCAGGAACCGCCAAGAAUCUUGCGGACCCGUCAAAACGAACGCAUUAGGGCUGCUGUACUGCGACGCACUCGCUCAGGCGCUGCGUCUGCUGAAGAUUCCACACUGACCCGAACUCGUACCCGCACCACCACCACUACCACAACCACGACUACAACUAGCCGGCGCACAACUACAAGCACGAAUAAAAGACCUGUUCAGCGUCGGCGACGAAGAAGGACUCGCCAACGCACCUACGUGGUCGAGUACGAUCUGAACAACUUUGACGAAAAGUUUGCCCUUAAAACGAGCAAGAAAGUGAUAAGACGACGUAGGCGCCGGCGUCGUCGUGGCGUUGCCACUGCCUCGAGUGAGGGGCCUGGUCGACGUCUUACAGCCAGCAAGCGACUUGCAGAGCAGAUGGGAGUAAAAUCGGAAGGAGUUCAACGUUCUCAUCUAAGUGGUGGAACAGCCUCCAGUUUCUCACUCUUUGGGAAUGCGAACGACUUGGAAUAUUUCAGCGAUAGUGAUCCAGAUGUAGUCGGCAAUAUCAGUUCUGCUGGACUCGGAUCGACUGCAGUGCAAACCACAGUGCGGAUUGCUAGUAUUGGAGCACCGCGAAUCCGAACAGCCUUGCUCCAGGGCAAGGCACGCAUAGCAGCGCCACCCUUAGGUCCGACUGCAGCUGCCGCUGGAGACAUACUGUCCACCAUUAUGGAUCUGCAGGAUCGCUGGCAUGAUGCCUCGCGUAACCUAGGCGAAGUGCAUAUUAGGGCGGAUGGUACCCUCAAUCUUCCCCACAGACCUGCACUUUCAACGAAAGCAGCACCUGCGCCAAUGACAGGUGUUUCUAAGACCGAGGAGCAUCUAACCCAGGCUCCGCUUUACCAGCGGGGAGGAGGAGGACCGAACUUUAACAGAGGCGGAGGGGCAGGCUCAAGUGAUAGCUUCAACAAUCGUUACAGCGGCAAUAAUAGUUACCGCGGAGGUGGUGCUGGAGGUGGCGGAGGCGGCGACGGAGGAUCUGGCGGUGGUGGUGGUGUGCCCAGCAGUAGCGGCGGAGCUUCCUCGCGACAAUUGACCGGUGGUGGAGACGGUCAAGGAGGCGGUGGCUUCAGCAACCAGAACUUUAGCAGCCCCAGUGCCAACAACAAUAGCAACUCUAAUGUGUCGAGCUUUACUCCGUUCCACCUACGUUUCAACACGCCCAACCGCCAGCAGCAAGCACGCCAGCAACCAAACCAAACCACUCCCCCUUUCCGUGGAAGUGCACCACACCCGGCCCCAGUAGCGUCGUCAUCAAACAGUUUUUCAGUACAGACUCCAAUGUUCGCACCUCCCGUAAAUCAUCAUGCCAACCCAGUGAUGGGUAUGCCAGUAGUGCUGUCCAUACCACCUCCGCCCAUGCCACCUGCCAGCCUUCCCUGGAAUAGUCCUCUCUUCAAGAUGAACCCACUCCAGCAGGCACCGGUGAAACCCAACGAUCGUAAUAAAAAUGAGGACGUCGACAAUUGCCCGAACUUCUCAAUUUACUCGCAGGAGUCGCAGGCGGUUGCUAAUGCAUCGGCGAUGCCGUCAGGGGUUUCACAAGGACCAGCGGAUUCAUCUGAUAAGGAUGAUGACGACAUGAAUGAAGAUUUAGUACAAUUAGAUGAUGAUGAUGAGGAUACGAAUAUACCAUUGCCUUUGGGACCGGAGCCUGAACCCGUCCCCGAAAAAGUUCAUGAUGAUGACCUGUACGAGCCAGAGAAUCCAACCGAAGAACCUGAUGAAUCCGAAAUGGUCGAAGAGUCCUGUACCACCGUUCCGAAGGAAAAAUCGGAGUCUUCCGAUCACGAGCCUUGCAACUCCAUCGUGGGAGCUGCACCCUCAGGGGAGAAAGAUACUGAGGAAGCUAAGAUGCGCAGCACUCCCAGCCCACUGGUCAAAGAGGAUCGCGUUGCGGAUCGAGAUCGGGGCAAGGGAGUACUAGAGCUUUAUGAUGAUAGCGACUGGGAGGAAUUAGACAUUGACAAACCGAAAGAGUUCGAAAAGGCGCUGGUUGCGGAAACGGAGGCACAAGCCAGCCCUAAGACAGCUCCGCCUAAGAGACCAGCUUUAAAGAAGGAUGCAAGUUUAGAGAAAGAAGCCAACGCAAGUGGUAGUGAGCACGAGCAGGAUCGCUCGUACACGCCGUGCCUGGACGAAAAGAAUUUGGCAGAUGAAGAAGAGGCUGGGGCAGCGCAUAAAAAUAACUCUAGAACGAGUCCCAAGCCUCGAUUGUCUAAAGCUUCCGACGACGAGGAUGAACCAGAGAAAGCUAUCGGUACGGAUAUUCAGUCAGAGGAUGAAUUGAACAACGAGAACGUGCCAAAGCGACGCAGUCGAAGCCGGGGCCAGGGCAACAAUGAAAAAUCAAAGUCAAAGUCGCGUUCAAAACGCAACAAGGCCGAAACUUUCAAAAAGGUCGGAAAGCGACAAAAGGAUCGCAACUACCGUGGCGACAAGCCGGAGCCAGAUCGAAGCCCUCGUUCAGGCUCCAGAAGUCUCACUCCAAAGAUCCGUUCUAAGAGCCCGAGAGUCAGCAAAAGCAUUAGUCGCAGUAGGAGUGGAAGCAGGAGCAUAAGUAAGAGCAAGAGUAAGAGCAGAACCAGGAGCAGGAGCAGAAGUCGUUCCCCAAGUCGCAAUAGAAACAGGCGUCGACGUAACAGCCGCUCCAAGUCCUACUCCCGCUCUCAUUCUAGGUCACGAUCGCGUUCCAACUCGCAUAGCCGCCAGAGAUUUUCGUUUCGAGGAAGGGACCACCAGCGUGGCUUUAUCCGUGGCCGUGGAGGUCUGCGUUUUAACUACCGCAACCAACAAUACCACAACAGACCGUUCCAGCAUUACGGUCAGAAUUAUCACCAAAAUCAAAACUACCACAAUCAGCACCAACAAUAUUUUCACUACAAUCAGCAUGGCCAGCAACAGCAGUUCUUUCAUCGUCCCAAACGAAGAGAACUACCUCGCUAUGAUGUUCGUAAUGUGGUGGGAGCAUCGAGACAUCAACCACAGGCCAAGGAUCGCUAUGGACGUGACGCAAUGCGGUCCCACAGAAGUCGUUCGGGAAGGCGAAACUCACGCAGUUUCUCGCGAAGCGUUUCUCGUGACUCAAGGGGUUCUCUGCGAUCUGGUUCGCCCAAGCGACGCAGCUUUAGCAUCUCGCCGACGCCACCGCCAGGAACUUCACCAUCUCCUCAUAAACAAGGCGUGGGCCGUCGAACCUCUCCGAGCAGACGCUAUGUCCGCUCACCCUCACCAGUACCGUCUCCCCCCAAUGAAAGGCUGCAUAGUCCAGUUCAAUCUGUUCACUCGAGAGGAACGCGUUCGCACACACCUAACCGCAUCAAUGGUGAUGGUAAUAGAUCACCCCUAUAUAUGGACUCGCCGCGCUACACGCCACGGUUAAGUCGCAGCAGGAGCAGAAGUCGUUCCGCGAGUCCCAAGGAUCUGCCCAAGAAGAAAAAAAGGAAGUCCGAUAAAAAGAAAAAGAAGAAGAGGACGGGCAGUGGCAGUCCGACGACAGCAGCGCGGAUGCGACGAAUCUCACGACAACGUGAUCCCUUUGAGGAUGCUGACGACUUCCUUGCUCCCCAGAGAAAACGAAAGAAGGGAGGAAUGCCUACUGGUCAGUGGUCCCCAUCGCCAUCACCCGGUCGCUGCGAUUUCCUGCACGACAGCGCCGUCCAGGAUAAAAAUCCGUCUUGGACGCCUCCGCUGGGAUCUCCAAAAGGAUCAGGCGGCCAUUAUAAUAAUGAUGGCGCGUUAACGCCCAAAAAAACGAAGCGCAAGCGGGACAAGAGCAAAAAGAAGAAGAAACAACAUCAGCUGGAGAAGCCACGCAAAGAAAAGAAACGUAAACGUCGUACCCAGACACCAGAACCUCUGCCAUCGAAGGAGGUAUUUGCUUCAGGCAACAAUAUUCUGGUGAGCGUAAGCUUCAACAAAGAUUCGACCACAAACAAUGCGAGCGCCACGCUGGGCUCCCAGCAGCAGUCUGUAGUUGCAAUCCCACCCGGCAGGGAGGAUCUGUUGAGCAAUCGCAUGGCCUCCAUGGCCUCCAAUAGCAAAAUUGGCAGUGCUGUGGGAGCAAUAAAGAAGACGAAGCGUAAACGUAAAAAAUUGGAGGCUAAGCCAGUGGCUAUCAUUGAUUUGGAACGCUCGCCCUUCCAAGUUCAUCAGGAGCCGGCAGAUGUCAUUGUGCUCACAGACAGCGAGGAUGCGACAGACCCACUCUCAUCGAGAAGGGAAAGGGAGCGAGACAGGGAUCACGAUCUUAUGAGGGAAAAUGGGCAAAGGGAAAAGACACCACAGGUGGGUUCCCUGGACGCAAUCAUGGAGACCUCGUAUGAGAACAUGACGCAGUCAACUGGUCCUAAGACACCACCUGAACCGCCUCUCGUCAAGUUCAGCCUGCCUACCAAAAAGUUGCAGCACAAGGUGCGCAACAACCCGCUUCACGAAGACGUUGAUGAUAUUAACUCUGCAGACGAGCUGGAGGCAUCAUGUUCUAUGGCGCCCGAGGAGCAAACGCCCCAGCACGGCCAUGCCAGUCACGAUGGCGGUCAGAAGAUUGGUCCAAAUACACCGCCAGAGUCGGGACCGUGCUCGCCAGAUGCCUAUGAUCCCUUCGAGCCCACCAAGUCGCCCUCUCUUUCGCCACGUUCGCCGACACCAACUAUGGGCCAAAACCUGGAGCAGCAAACAGCUAGCGUGCCGGCGAGUGGAGCAACCGGAUCGGGAUCUGUGGACAAGGGAGAGAGUGAUGGCACUCAUGUUAAUGUAUCCAAUGCGAGCACCAGCACCCAGACCCAGACGAACGCCCUUAAUCCGGUUGAUCUGGUGAUGGCGUUGAUGAACAAACCGAACCAGAGCGGGCCCAUUCAGCAGGAGAGUGAGGUGAGCUCCGCUCAGUACAUCAGCAGCAGUUCCGUCAGCCUGUCCGUGGGCGUUGGGUCUAGCACGGGCGGCAGCUUAGGAGGUGCAGGUGUAGCCGAUAGCCAUGACAAGUCAGCCGAUGGAAAGACCAUAACCGUUCUUUCUAACGUGUUGCUCACGAGCAGCAGCGUGGUGUCCAGUUCGCAACACAUACCAUCUAUUUCUAGUCCCACUCCGCCUUCGAAGAAACUCACUCCAUUGCCCAAGGCCGGAGGAAGUGUGGCCAGCAGCAGCAGUGGCGUCGGCAACAUGCCCACUACGAGUAGCGGAAUAGGUGGGCCUCGAAACGGCAGUGGCCUCGGAAAUGCCGGAGGAUCCAGCAACGCUUUAGACGACUCCUUCAACAUGGAUAUCGAGAGUCCUUACUCGCCGGGCUCGGCGGACUACGAAGAUCUGUUCGAGCCACCCAUUCCAAUGGAGGGCAGCAGGCGAGCGAAGGGUGGAGCAACCGGAGGGAAAGUAGAAAUUUUCGAUAACCUGUUUGGAAGCAGUUCGCCCGUAGGCAACAUCCGGAUGUCUUCCCGGUACAACACGGCGGUGGGCAAAAAGUCGCAUCGCAGCAAGGCCGACCGAAAAUCUAAAGUUAAAGGUUCAAGAAAUCCCGAUUUAUAUGACGAUGUGCCGAACUCGGCAACAGAUCUACAAAAUAAGGAUAAACUUUUACGGAAGCUAAAUCGGCAGGAACGCGUCGUUGAGGAGGUAAAACUGGUGUUGAAGCCUUACUUUAACAAGAAUGCGAUUACUAAGGAUGACUACAAGGACAUUAUGCGGAGAGCCGUGCCAAAGAUCUGCCACAGUCGGUCUGGUGAAAUUAACCCGCACAAGAUUAAGAAUCUGAUUGACGCCUAUGUAAAGAAAUUCCGGGCAAAGCACAAGAAGUUGAGUCUCCUUAAUACAGGACAAGUUAGCAGUGCGGUUAAGUGUGCAGCCUAUUUGAAAAAACUGUAAGCGAGCAAGCGAUCGCAUAGUAUCUGACACGUUGAAUAGAUAAAUAAAGAGAAUUUGCGGUCGCAUGCAUUCCUACAAUCUACCAUCAAAUGAAACCAACAAUAUUUACCAGCCACCAUCGCAAAACUAAGGAAAAAUAAAAGAAAAACUGAUAAAUUGUCACUAACUAUUGGAAUUUAGUUGUUAAGUCAAUUUUAGGUCACUUUACGAAUGAUUUUAGAAACGUAAGCAAACUGCAGAAGUGAAUAUUUUUAAAUGAUAAGCAAAAGCAGGUUUACCACCCAACUUUCAGUUACCCAACGCACUACAAAACACUUUAUUUAUAUCAAGACUAGUUCAUUAGAUUGUUAAUUUGUACGACACCUGUAAUGAUAAUAUUAUAAUUGUUUUGCAUGAGCACUAACCAAUUGUAAGUAGUUAAGUGAAGGCAAAACCAAUUUGUAUUUUACCUCUGAUAAUUAAAACAUCUGAAAAAAAUUAUUGAUAACCUCAAAAAAACAAGGCUUACAUUGAAUAAGCAGUAAAAUAUUUUUCUUGAACGAAGAUUGUUACAAAACAAUUGUAAUUAUGUAUUCAUACGAAUAACUGCAUAGCCAGUUCUGUUCACGCAGUUCAUCUAUAAGGCACUUGAUUUUGCAUAGUCUGUCAGUCAUACCUUUUUGAAACACAAUUGGUAACAGUAUAUAUACAUCUAGAAAUUGUGCUAAAUCGUUUUGUAAAUAUCCAUAUAAAUAUAAAUAAAAGCGAUCAAUAACUAA